UUGUAUCUCGCAUGUAAAUUGUUUCGUUACAUCGGACAUUUAUAGAUAAUGUGUGUUUAAACAAGAUUAAUUAUGAACCAGUUUAAAAUGCUGAUUUAGAAAUAUAACUUACCUGUACAUAUGUCUUCAAAUUAGGUCAUCAAAGGUAAGCAAUUGAACGCGUCCAGGUGAAACUGUCAACUUCCUGUGCAAAUUGAACAGAAACAAAAUGGGGAAAGACGUUUUAACACUUUGUGGUGCGGUUUUAGCGGCCCUUGCCUGCUUGUUCACGAUUCUUUCGUUUUCAACUUCUCACUGGCUGGAGAGUUUUCAAGAAGCCAGAAGCGGAUUCAAGAGACUCGGUCUUUGGGAAGCAUGUUUUGACAAAUACACAUACGACAAAGACACAUUGGGCAAAACGUACGAUGAAUGUGGAUGGAUCUUUUCGUACGACUACCGACCGAUCUUUGAUUGGCUCAAUCCAGCCUGGUUCCUGGCCGUGCAGGUGAUGAUGACACUGGCUCUCAUCCUCUCCCUGGUGACCGCCAUCCUGUGUCUACUUGGGAUCCUCAACUUCUGUCCUGACCACCGCGUGUCCGUCGCACAGCUGACCAACUCCAUUCUCAUGUUCAUCACUGGUGCCCUACUGGCUCUCGCGGUGACAAUUUUCGGAAUCAAGGCCGACACUGACCGCGCAUGGCUGCCAAGACCUGACCAGAACUACAUGUCGUGGUCCUUUGGGCUCGCAGUAGUUGCAGGUUUCUUUGCGAUAUUCUCGGGAAUGUGCUUGGUCAUUGACAGCCUGCGUCUGAGGAUAAAGGCGCGCAAACAGAAUGCCCCACACGCUUUCAGCGACUACAAAAUGAAGACGGUUCCACCGCAGUACAACUGAUCGCUUUGAAUGUGUACCUUUAUCCAUGGCAACAUACUGGACUUAAAUAACUUUUAACUGUUGCCACAACUAAUCUCUGUUUUAGAGGUAUACCAAUUUAAAACAUUGCAUUGAUACAUCUAAUGAUUUUAAGAUGUGCUUUUUUGUACAAUGAAGUUGCAUGUACAUUGAGCAUGUACAUUGAAAUUUUUAAUUGAUGAAACAAUAAUGGAAUCUAAUGAGACACUAUAGAAGAUAACAUUAAAUUGAUGGAAAACAUAUGGAACAACCAUGUAAUUGAAUUACACAUAUUUUAAUUGAUGAGACAACAAUGUAUUCAUAUGAGACAAACAAUAGAAUAUACCAUUUAAUUGAAGGAAUGCGUAUGAAACAACAAUUUUAUUGAAUUAGACAAAUUAAAGUAGAUACUAUUUAAACUUAUUGGUAAAAUAGGUUUUCCUAACCGGCAUAGUAAGAAACGGCUGUUCUUAUAUGAUAUAUAAAAGAUGCAAUAUAAAAGAUGAGAUAUUCGCUGGGAUUAAAGAAAGGAGUGCAUAUUAUAUUAUAAAACGAGUACACAACCAGAGCUGAUGGUGGUAGCCAUGUCCUUCUCACAUGUUUUGUAUAUAUCUACAUUUUGUGUAUGUACUUUAUAUAAUGCCUCAUUUUUAUUAAUGUAAAUACGUUUUCAUUCAAUUCUUCAGUGGAAAAAAUAUAAUAUGUAUAGUUCUGGCUACCAUAACUUUAAAUGUCGCUUUUCAUGAUUUUUGACAGGCGCGACUUUAUACACACAGGUAUGUCAAUACUAUAUAAACUGUACGCUGGAGUUUCUUUAGCUAUAAUAUGUACUGUUAGCAUCAUGUUGGAAUAUAUUGUAGAUUUUAUCAAAUCAUUUAUUUUUCUGCUGGUAUUCAUGUUUUAAAUUUUUUAGUCAUAACACCAUGAUGUUAAAUUUUGCUAAGAAAUAAAUCAAACAACAUUUAUAUUAUAUAAAACAAUAUUUGAUAGAAAGUGCAAUCAUUCAAAGUACUUAAUAAUUGUUUAGUUUUAUAGAGAGAAAUGCUAAAACAUGCAAUAUCUUCAUUUAAAGUAUAGCACAAAAUGAUAAAUUCAUGUUCUUAUUAACCUCUAUGUCCUCUCCAUUCCUUGUUUUAGAAAUUUAGAAUGCUCAUGUACAUUGUAUAAUAGGCAUUCAUCAGUUUGACAUUGUAAAAACCCAUGAAGUAACAUUGUAAAACAAGUUGGUUGUGCUCGUAAUAAUGGACAACAGCAGACAUUACUAUUAUCAUUUUAUAUUGUGAAUCAUUCAUAGUUUUACAUGUAAUCUCAAACAUUCUGUGGCUGAAAGUGACCCCUCAGAGAUAUUGUCCUUCAUACUUACUUUUCAUAUUUCCAGAAAAUGGCAAAACAUUUUACGGUAUCUAUAGUUUCUUUUUUGUAGAUUUUGUUUGUUUUUAAUAUGCAGUAAUAAGUUAAAAUAACCAAAACAUGUUUCGUAAGAAUUCUUAAAAAAAACUAAGUACCAUAAUGAAGAGUGUGGGAAAGAUCUGGACCCAUAUUUCCCAACCCAUUCUUAGAAUCAGAAAUAAAACAUAGAUUUCGGACCAAAGAAAAUAGUCCGGGAUUUGGACAUAUACAGGCUACCACUGGUACUGUCCUAUUAAACAGGAUGUUCUAAAUGAAAAUUAUCAGCAAAUUUUAAGAAUAUAUUCCCAUUAUUGUACAAUGGCUUUUAACAACCCACCUUAUAGCCACUAGCCAGUACCUUGAGUGAUCCCAGAUCUGUCAUGAAAAGUUCAUAAUCUUUGAAGGGGUCACUAAAAUGUGUAAAUAUGUAUUUUUGUGCUUUUUUAUAUCCCAUUAAUCUUUAUACUAAUAUGAAGAUGUACAUCACCAACUAUAAGUAAUAAACAUUAAGUGACUA